AUGUCGGUGCAACAGCAACAAGCGGCACCGGCAACCGCAACGGCGGCCGAGGACCUCCCGGAUGUCAACAUCAAGAAGCUACUGACCCGUCUCUGGCCCCUCGGACACCCCGACCCAGUGACACCAGAUGAGCUCGCCACUGCUAUCUCCUACUUCUUCACCAACCAAAUCUCCGAUGUCCAAGCCGGCGCCCUGCUCAUGUGCCUGCACUUUACCGGCCUCGACCGCAGUGCCGAAGUGCUAUCCAAGACGGCCCAAGUGAUGCUGAAGGCCGCUGCUCAAACCGACCUGGAAGAGCUUCGUCAAGUCAUCGAGAAGCGCGGCAGACAAGAAGGAGCCUAUAAUGGCGGACUUUGCGACAUAGUAGGCACAGGCGGCGACUCCCACAACACCUUCAACAUCAGCACCACAUCCUCCAUCCUCGCCUCCUCCUUGCUACUAGUCGGCAAGCACGGCAACAAAGCCUCAACCAGCAAGUCCGGGUCCGCCGACCUUCUCGCCUGCGUCCCUCCCCGCCCGCCGCAAAUCUCCCGCAUCCGCCCCGACACCGUCUGCAGUCUCUACUCGCAAUGCAACUACGGCUUCCUCUUCGCCCCCGUCUUCCACCAGGGCAUGCGCUACGUCGCUCCGAUCCGCACGCAGCUGCCCUGGCGUACCAUCUUCAACCUGGUCGGCCCUUUGGCGAACCCGCUUGACGUGCUCGAUCCCGCCGUUUUCCAGGGGAGGGGAAGCAAGGGGAAGUUGGUAGAGGCGCGAAUGAUCGGGUGCGCGCGUAAAGAUCUUGGCCCUGUAUUUGCGGAAGCGCUCAAGAUGGGCGGGGCGCGCAAGGCCAUGGUUGUCUGUGGUGACGAGGAGCUGGACGAGAUCAGCUGUGCUGGACCGACGCUUUGCUGGACGAUUAAGCCAACCGAGGAAAACCCAGAUGGUGAGCCGGUAGUUAGCCAUUUCUUGCUGCACCCGAGCGACUUCGGACUGCCGGCGCAUCCGCUGAGUGAGGUGUCGCCUGGUAAGGAGCCGAUUGAGAAUGCGGCGAUCUUGAGCAGGAUCUUGAACGGCGAAAUGCCGGAUGAUGAUCCCAUCUUGCACUUUGUGCUGAUGAACACGGCGGCGCUGUUUGUGGUCUCGGGUAUUUGCGAGGCGGAUACGAGUGACAUGGGACAUGGUGACAAUGGGCAGGUUAUCAAGGAACGUGGACCGGGAGGUGGGCGUUGGAAGGAGGGUAUCAGGAGGGCGAGAUGGGCUAUCAAGAGCGGCGAGGCGGCGAGGCAGUGGGCCAAGUUUGUGGAGGUCACGAAUAGCUUCAGCGCAUAA